UUCGCUACUAAGCUAUUCUCUUCUUCUUCUUCCCCUUACCCAACUCUCUUCCAUUUGUUUUCUUUAUCUCCUUCCUCUUCCUUCCUUCUUUUCCUUGCGUCCCUCUCAAAUCUUGGCAUAUUCCCUCUUUUAUCUCCAAACCUUCCCCAUUUGUAUUCAUCUUCCCUAGGAAAAGAGGGGGAAAAGGGUUUGCUCAACGAGGAAUCUUUAGACUCCCGCCCUGUAUAUAUAUUAGCACGGAAAGGAUUCUGUAUUCUUGCCCCAAUCAAACCCAACAAAUUGGAAUGAGUUCCUUCCCAGUUCCCCUUCUCUUCUUCUUCUUCUCCUCCUUGUUCGUCUCCUCCGUUCUCUCGGACCAGGCGGCGUUCAGCUCCCACCUUCUCCCCAGGCCUCUGAUCCUCGAGUACCCAGAAAAUUCCGUCGAAACCCUGCAAACCCAGUUGAGCCAAUUCGACGCCGACGAGCUCACUCUGCAGUGUACUAGCUGGAGGGUCGCCGGAGAGGCCAACAAUUUGAAUCCUUGGAAGACGAUCCCCGACGAGUGCCUCGAGUACGUUCGAGGCUACGUCAACGGCAAGGGAUACCUCGUCGAUCUCCAGAGGGUCGCUGAUGAGGCCGUCGCGUAUGCCAAGGGUUUGCAGCUCCAGGGAGAUGGGAAAGAUGUUUGGGUGUUUGACAUUGACGAGACUUUGCUCUCCAAUCUUCCCUAUUAUAAGGACCAUGGUUAUGGAGCGGAGGUGUUUAAUCCGGUAGAUUUCGAUAUGUGGGUUGAUAAGGCUACAGCACCUGCACUAGAAGCCAGUCUGAAACUGUAUCAGCAGCUUCUGGAUAUGGGCUUCAAGAUCAUUCUUCUGACCGGGCGCAGUGAGGCGCAAAGGGCUGUUACAGACCAAAACCUGAGGAGUGCAGGGUUCCAGAGUUGGGACAGACUCAUCUUGAGAGCCACUGAAGACCAUGGGAAGCUGGCAGCAACCUACAAAUCAGAGAAGAGAGAUGAGAUGUUGGAAGCUGGGUAUAGGAUCCUUGGAAACUCAGGAGACCAGUGGAGCGAUUUGUUAGGCUGGCCAAUGUCGACCCGUUCAUUCAAACUUCCAAACCCAAUGUACUAUAUCUCCUAACUCUUAAACCCACAACCUCCGCUUUCCUUGUACGAUAAUGUUGCAGACUCGCGCAUUCAAAUGUAAAGCGCAUUCAAAUGUAAAGAGAUGCUUGUCAGAAGAGCUUUGUUUGAUUAUUUGUGGUAUGGAUUUGAGAGAACACAAGACAAGCCUGGACUGGUCGAUCUCAAACCAUAGUCUGCUUGAAUUCUCAGAUUGCACCAAUAAUAUUAUCUUGCUGAGUUUCAUGGAUGUAGUUCUAUAAUCAACUGUUGUCUCUGCUCAAUACCCUUAUGAUGGUGAUGGUACAGACAGACCAACUACUGACAUCCUUUUGUCCUGUGUUGAAAUUUUGCGUAUGAAAUGGGGUGUUGAAUGCCCACUUUGUUAUCUUACCUUCAUAUGCCAGUUAUGUGGGGAUGAGUCAUCCUCCA